GCCUCCCCCUCCGAACGUUGUUUGACAUACCCAUCGUUAUAGGCUUCGCCUCUGGCAGUUUCUUUUCUAAAAGGCAAACUCAAAGCCACAGAUUAUACAUUCUGCUCACAAUCCGUGCGGGUAAAAUAACCUGCAGAGAGAGAGAGGGAGAGAGAGAGAAGGAGAGAGAGAGCGAGAGAAAGAGAGAGAGCAAGAGAGAGGGAGAGAGAAAGAGACGCUCGGAGGCUCUUUAUUUUUUUGGAGACGAGCAGCUUGCGCGUAAACGGCACCGGGCAUCACUGAAGGGGAGACAUACUUGGUGUCAGGAUAAUUUUGUGUCCUUUUUUUCCUCCUUUUUUUUCCUCCUCUCUUUUUUUUUCUCCGCGACUCCGCGAAGGGUUGAAAGGGGAACGGAGUGACUGCCCUUUGUGGAUUGUGAGCAUCGGAUGACAUUUACUUGAGCGCGCAAAGCACCUGUGGAUACAGAAAGCGCUCCCCUGAUGUUCGGACUCAAACCUUCCACAAAGAAAGGAUUCACGGCGAGCUCCAGUUGAUAAUUUACCUCCCUCUCCCCCCCACCCCACCCUCCCCACACACCUUUUUCCCUCCAACACCCCUAGCAGUCCGGCCGAGAAGCGCACAAUGCUGCUGAGCGUCUCCCUCCUGCUGGUCCCGCUGCUGUGCAUGAGCGGCUGCGGCUCGUCGUACGUGCCGUGCGAGCCGUGCGACGACAAGGCCAUGUCCAUGUGCCCCCCGGUGCCGCUGGGCUGCCAGCUGGUGAAGGAGCCCGGCUGCGGCUGCUGUCUGACGUGCGCGCUCGAGGAGGGCCAGUCGUGCGGCGUGUACACCGGGCCGUGCACGCGCGGGCUCCGGUGCCUGCCCAAGGACGGCGAGGAGAAGCCGCUGCACGCGCUCCUGCACGGCCGCGGCGAGUGCAGGAACGAGAAGUUGUACAAGCGGCUGCAUCCGUCCAAAGGGGGGCUAUCUCACGAUGGCACAAUGGUACGCGGUGUGGACCCGGCGCAAACCAAGGCGCCCAUAUACGGAGAUCACAUCAGCAGUCUGAAGGCCCAGGCCAUGAAGCAGGCUAAGGACCGGAGGAAGCAUCUGGCCAGGCUGGGACCUGCCAGCAACCUGGAUUUCUCGCCCUUCACCCUCGAUAAGCUGGAGCCCGAAUUUGGGCCCUGCAGGAGAAAACUAGAUGAUCUCAUUCAGAAAAUGAAGGACUCUUCUCGGGUCUUGGCUGUCUCUCUGCAUCUCCCCAACUGUGACAAGAAGGGCUUCUUCAAGCGCAAACAGUGUAAGCCAUCUCGUGGUCGGAAACGGGGGAUGUGCUGGUGCGUCGACCGGUUUGGCAAUAAAGUCCCCGGCAUCAGCUACGGCGCGGGGGAACUGCAGUGCAAGGAUCUCAACAACAGCAGCAACAACAACGAAUGAGAGCGAACCGAGCCCCGUUCCUUCUUCAAAACCUGCCAAUCAAGCUAGCACACUUAAUGACUGACAAUCAGGAAAUUAUGGCACAAAUGCUUUUGUAUAUGGUCAGGUGUUAUGGACUGCGUUGUUUUUGUUUUUUAGGGGAGCCAAACUGAAAAGCUUGCUUAAGUGAAAAUCUGCACAUCUAAUCUCUGGCUCCCCACUGACUGUGUUCUAUAUGUCUGAGAUUAGCUACCACCUCAUCUCUUUAUAUUCUAGAUUAUAGAAAAAAAAUAUAUAUAUAUAUAUAUUUGUAUGAUACUGAUUAGCCUACAUGUUGUGUGCUAUUGAAAAAUUUACUCAAAGAAAUUCUGAGACAAGACAUAUUUAAAUGUGGCUAAAUAUCAAUAUAUUUUCUUUUAUUCGUUAUGAUCAAAAUGGAAAGUCAGAGGUCUAUGGUUUCGCGGAACAACGUCUCACAAGAUUGAGAUGAAUUCACGCCCCGUUUUCCAGUUUCAGUCUCCUAAAGUGUCCUUCUCGAAGAUCUCGGUUUAUUCGUCUUUGGCGACACCUGUGGUGAUAAGAAGUAUUGCACCCAGAAGACAGAAUUUGUGCUCCCAGUUGUAAAUCUCGAUUGAAAUGCUUCCAUACGUCAUGUUUCCAACGUGAAAGGCUGAACAAACUACACAUCAACAGUAGCAUUAGCUUUAAUAACGUAUCAGUUGUAAAUACAGUACUGUCCAACUUUCAAAAUGCUAACAACAGUCAACAUGAUUUUCUGAGUUUGCUAGCGUUCCUAAAGGACGCCACUACACCAUUAGGUUCGGUCACCAUUCUGUUAACUUAUGUGAAGAUAUACAUUGAUUUAAAUCAUCUUCGAGAUUGGCACUUUAAGUAUGAAACUAGAGCCAGCGGCUGGUUAACUUAGCUUAGCUGAUUUUCAUACUGGAAACGAGGGGGGCGCUAGCCUGGGUGAGUCCAAAUGCCACAAAUCUCCAAAAGAGAUCUUGAAGCUCGCGAAAUAAGACUAUUUUUUUGGAUGGGCCCCAAGAAAGUGAUUCUGUGUGCCACUGAAAUUCAUCUCAAUCAUCUCUAAUGACUGACUAUACGUCCUCACUUUUCACUAGAAGUGUAGCUUCUGAUUCUGAUUGUGUAGGAGGUUGCAUUAAGCAGCAUUCGACCCCUCAUAGUAAGUAACUUUUGGGUUUUUGCACCUUAACUAGUCUGAUGUGCAAUUUGCAGAUUUCACAAUUUUUUCCUGUUUGAUGUUAGUUCUCACUUAAUUCUUUUACUGUAAUUUCAUGGCACAUCCAUGAAGAAGCAAUUGGGUUGUAGCCUCACUCAUAAACGAGCAUACCGUAAAAGGUUAGACUGCUUUUGAAAGGCCGUUUUCACAUCCAGACAAUUGUGUUUGUAAAUGUAUAUGUACAGAGUGAGUGUGCAUGCUCCUGAGAUUGUAUGUGUGUGUUGCCCUUGUAGUUCUCAACUUCAACAAGCUCUGGUUUAAAUUACCACUAGCCCCGCCAACUCGAGGUACCAUCCGACAAACGUGGUGCAAUCGCCCUUCACAGCUCACACACAAAUCGUAUGCAAAGGCCCGCGGUGUUUGUUUUUCCAUGUGAGGGGUCUUCUCCGCCACCGCGCAGGCAAAUCUGUCGGCGAGCGUCAACUUGCUCUCAGGGUUCAUCGGGUCCUUUUUAUCCCGCGAAGAGCAAGGUCGCUGAGUUUUUAUGGAAAUUCAAGUGCCUUCUGCACCACACCAGUUUGAAUUCUGAUUUGCAUGUGGAUCCAUUGCGUCGCUGAAUGAUCGGAAACACAACAAAGGGAGGGGGGUUGGAGAAAUUGUAGGUGCGGAUGUGGUUUUUAGUUGAUUGCUGACAAAGAUUAUCACGAUCUUCCAGUCGAGUGCUGCUAUGAGGACAGGGGACAUUUCGUUCUGUGGUUCAAAAUUCGCUGUUUCUUUUUAAUUAAUGAUCUAUAACCUUAACAGAACCUCGACUUUGGCAUAUCAGCCUGUUGCUCCCGAUAAAACAACUCUCUCAUGAUGUCGACUCACAUUUAAAGACAACACAGUGACCAAAUUGGAGUAAUGUGAACAUAUUUAUCAAUUGAUGUAAUUGAUGUACUCUUUUUUAUUGUAAAAGCAAAUCACUAUUUAAAAAAAUAAAGUUCCUGUACUCACA